GGUUUUUUGCAUUUGUAGUACUUGUGAGUUGUAGAUUUUAGUGUAGUUUUGUCUAUUGUUGUGUUUGUUCAGGAGGCAGUUGUGUUGCAUUGCAGUACAUGUUACCCCAGGAUUUUUACCCAUAUUGCAUGGAAAUUGUAGAAGUAGUUGUUUGUGUUUGUUUUUAUUUGAUAUCUGUUAGUGAUAGCUAUAUAGGUUUUCCCUUUCAGAAGUUAGUGAAGAUGCUACAUUGCAUUUUUUAUGUGGCCUCCUAAAAUGAAUGACCAACCAACAUUUUCAUGCAAUGACCAAGUAUAUUUCAGAUUUUUUCACGAGUUCCAUAUUUUCAUGCAUUCUUCUCUAUAGCUUUUAGUGUUGUUAAUGGGUGUUCUGAACAUUUCCUUUUUGUUCUUUUUUUUGCAGUGAUCCAAAAAUGGAUGAUGAUGAAUCUUCCGAUGGGUCGUUUUCAACGCACUUUUCAGCUAGCCGUUUGCGUGAGGUUGCAGACAAGGAGCUGAAUGCUAACAAGAGGGCAGUGCUAGAGAAGUCGAGUUUUGGUUCGUUGUUGAAGAUCAGACCAUUUUCUGUACCUCUUGAGCUGAUUGACUAGGUAGUUAUGAGAAUUGACACUAAGCAUUCUUUGUUUAGGUACCUUCAAAUCACCCUCUGGCCCAUUUCAUUUUGUGUGUGUCUCUGUUGCAAUGUUCUUUAUUUGGAAUUGCAUAGCAAUGUUCUUCGUCCUCGAAUUUGACAUGUGCCUUUUUGUCAUCCAUAAAAAGAAGACUAUAUUGUUCACUAGAGACAUGGUGCACAAAAUUUUUAAUGUCCCAUCCGGACCAAGGGUAGUGGAGCUGCUGAAGAGGAACGAACGUUGUGAGAUGCGCGACAUAUAUCGAGAAGGCACAAGGGCUCCAAUGAAGAAAUCCAUUUCUGUAAUCAAGAAAGCAUCGGAUAAUGAUGUUGUUACUUUAGAGAGGACUUGGGUUCUUUUAUGCCUUGCUCUCGUGCUAGUUCCUGGCACCGGCAACAUGGUCUCGUUGGACUACCUUGCUAGCUUGAAGGACUUGGAUGAACUGAAUGAGUUUGCGUGGGACGAGCAUGUGUUGGCAACUGCGUUGAGGGAGGCGAGGAAUUACCAACUAAAGAGGGAGGCUGGGGCAAGUGGCUCCUGGAUAGGCGGCUGUCUACCUAUGUUCGUGGUAUGCCAAAUGCAAAUCAUUUUGUCUAUGUUUUCAUUGGUUCAUAUUUUUGCUUUACUUUAUUUUAUUUUAUUCUGCUCGCAACAAUCAUAUGUACGAUACAACCUUCUGAUUUGUUUUCUUUUUCAAAAAUAUAUGUAGUUAAUUUACAUGGAUUUCUCGGAUGUGCCUCGGUCAUUGAUUAGUGAGGAGACGUUCAACUACUCGCUGCCCAGGGCUUGCUUUGUGUGCAAUGCAGAUUUUGAGCUUGUUAAAGAAUUUGACAGGAACAAGCUCACCCUCGAGAAGGUUGAUUUUGGAAAGCGCAAUCAUCGUCCUUUGUCUCAAACGCCAUAUGCAGUACUGAAGGCGGACAAGCAAUGUGAGGGUCAGAAUCAACAUCAUCCGGCAAAUAUCACUAAUAGAGCUGACAAAGCCAACACUGAAGUCAGUGUUGAGGGUGAUUUAGGUGCUAAGUUUCGCGUCUCUCUGGAUGAGUGGCUGCAGCCGCUCCCUUCCUGCCAAGAGUUAGAGAUACCUUUGCACUUGAAGCCAAUAUAUGAGAAGCACAAAAAUCUCUAUACGGCAGAGUUGAAGAAUGUUGUUACCUCUUUUGGGCAGGUCCUGCAGUCAACUUUCUGCAAGCGGUUGGGUCUCAUGUUGAUGGAAGCGCACUCCAAUGCAGUGUCGAACCAUGAGCACAGGAGUGAAGGUUUUGUCGCCCCAAGAGUCAUUGCAACAAGCAGUGUCGAGCGCACGGGAGCGGUGACUUUUGGCACCCCAACAGCCACUGCAGCAGGCAUUGCUAUCCACUCUUCCAAGUGUCCAUUAUCGGAUCCUGAUUCCCGGGCAGAAGCAGGUGUUGAUGAUCAGAACAAGGCACAACCUGGUGGUGUAGUUGCUGCUCCCAAAGUAGUGGAGACCGGUGCAUUUGGUGAGAAGGUUGGGGUGGAAGCGGAACAGGGGGCGGGUCAAAGCACAAGCGUUGCUAAGCGUUCCAGGGCUGCUGCGUUGCAACAAGGUGAGAGUAGCAAUCAUUCUCAUGGGAAGGAUUGUGUGGACCAGGAGGAAGUUAUACAUCAGGGCGGAAAGGUGACCCCCAAAGAUGCUUGCAACAUGGAUCCUUCGGGAGCUUCUGAUAAGGUUGAAACACCAGUUCUUUCCCAGGGCACGGUGCAGGCAAUGAUGAUGAAAGAGUUUGAUAUGCCCGACUUCAUUGAAAUAGAUGGCUUCCAUAUAUCUCUCGAGAAUUUUCAUGCAUCUCUAACGCCAAGAGCGGAGAUUGACAAUGAGGUCAUGACCUUAUACCUGAAGACAUUCAACUAUGAUCAGUCAGUGAAGAAGAAGAAGCCAAAAAAAUUUGUUUUCUCAGUGUUGAUGAGUUUGAAACUCAGUGCUGAGCCAGAUGUGUUUGAUCCGAAGGUGUGCGAAAAAGAAUUCAAGAAUGCUUGCUUACAAAAUCACAUUUCAAAAUCUGACCUGCUAUUCUUCAUGGUUGUACACAAAAGCACUGGGCAGUAG